AUGGAGCCAAGUCCCUCUACAAGCCACGCCAAGCCGCAUGCCCCGCAGGCAAAGCAACCGUGGUACAAACAACUCAGCUUUCAGAAAUCCAAAAAGGUCUUUUGGAGACACCUGCAGUUCGUCGGACCAGGAUUGGUGUCGAGUGUAGCCUAUAUCGACCCAGGUAAUUGGGCGACGGAUCUCGAGGCCGGGGCCGAUUAUGGCUACAAGCUGCUCUUUGUAGUGCUCAUGGCUGGUCUCGCUGCUGUCGUGCUCCAACUGUUAUCCGUCCGGCUGGGCACUACCACCGGUCUGUCCCUGCCCGCCCAAACACGUAUCCUAUUCUUGCGGCUCAAGGAGAGGUACCCCAAAUACCGUAUUCCCCUGACGAUAGGGUUGUGGUCGCUCUACCUUUUGGCCGAGCUUGCCAUCAUCGCGACCGACUUGGCAGAACUUCUGGGUAGUGCUAUCGCUUUGCAUCUACUCUUCCCAAAACUACCGCUGUUUGCGGGCGUCAUCAUCACCGCCGUGGACGUCCUCGUAGUCUUGCUCUUUUUCAGAUCAUCAUCCGGGAGGCAGGGUAUGAUGUUUUUUGAAUUCGUCAUUGUGGCUCUUGUGCUGGCAGUGUUUAUUAGUUUCAUGAUCCUGCUCAAACUAAUCCAUCCUGUGUGGAAAGACGUCUUUUUCGGUCUUGUACCUUCCCACACCCUCGUCAAACCAGGCGCUCUCUACAUUGGAGUCGGUAUCAUCGGAGCCACUGUCAUGCCCCACGCCCUCUUUCUGGGUAGUUUCCUAGCCGGUGUCGACCGACUCAAUAUGGUGCCCACCCCUCCCACCAAAAACGUCCCCAAAAACAUCCCCAUGCCCUCCCUCAACCCCUUCCGCCGGAACCGGUCCCCCAGCCCGGCGGAUAGCGAGCUCGGCGCCUGUGCAUCUUCCCUCUCCCGGACAGCCUCCAACACCAACAUCCCCGAAGAGUCGCCCGAGCUGGGUACGGUGAAGAAUGUGGAUUUGGUGGUGGAGGAUAGUGGGAUGGGUAAGGAGGAUGAGGCGUUUGCGUUGGCGCAGAGAGAGUAUGAGCGAGAGGUGAGGAUGUUUGAUCGGAUCCGAUGGGUUGAUCUGCAUCUCUUCCAUGUCACUAUUGAUACGACGCUGUCGCUGUUGGGAUUCGCCCUUACGAUCAAUGCGUCCAUCCUCACUCUGGCCGGUGCGGCGUAUUACUACAAUACCGACUCUUCUGCCGAGAAUGCCGCCGACCUGUUUGGCGCUUUCGCGUUGAUAAAGUCGUAUAUCGGGAAUGCUGCUGCCAUCAUAUUUGCCCUCGCUCUUCUUUGUGCGGGUCAAAGUGCGUCCAUUACAGCUACACUCGCGGGCCAAGUCGUCUCUGAAGGCUUUAUCAACUGGAAGACUUCUCCAUUCCUGCGCCGGCUGGCAACCCGGCUGAUAGGCGUCAUCCCCGCCGCCAUUGUCGCCGCUGCCGUCGGCGCGCAAGGUAUCAACAUCAUGCUCGUCGCUUCGCAGGUCCUUCUCUCCAUCGUCCUGCCGACCGUCAUCUUUCCCCUCGUAUAUCUAUGCUCCAAAGUAGAUCUCAUGACGGUGCAAGGUCCCGAAGUGGAGGAUUUCGAGCUGAGGCAUGUGGAUACACCUGCUCUUGCUCCUAGCGCCGAGCAGGAGCCUGUGGAGAGUAGCGAAAGGACGGCGGUUGAAACGCCUACUGGUAAUGAUGUGGUGGAGCCAGUGUCGGAAGGGAGGAGGAGCAAGUCGUACGUGUCGCCAAAGUGGGUGACGGUCCUGGGCUAUGCGUUGUUUGGGCUGGUGGUGUUGGCGAAUGGGUAUGUGAUUGUCGAGCUGUGUCUUGGUAAUGGAUGA